UGUUCGAUUGUCCAAAAAGGAGGGGGAACUGGAAAUUCAAAUCUUUAUUGUCACAUAAUAUAUAGUUGUUAUAACACACUUUCUCUAUAAAACAUACACGUACAUCGUCGAGAUAACAAUUUUUCGACGAUAAUAAAAUUUUCUCAUUUUUGAAAAAGAAAAUUUUUUCUAACAAUUUUUUUAUUCCAAAACGAAAAUGAUGAAAAUUGUCAUUUUUGGUGCCACUGGUAAUACCGGUCUAUGUUCAUUGGAACAUGCAGUUCAAAAAGGUCUGAAGGUGAGAGUUUUUGUGAGGGACGCAACGAAAGUACCGGAAAAAUUUAAGGGAAAAAUUGAAAUUAAUGUGGGAGAUGUAACAAAUUCCGAGCAAGUUUCAAAAGCAAUUGAAGGAACAAAUGCCGUUGUCGUUGUUCUUGGCACAAGAAACGAUUUAAAACCCACAACACUUUUUUCUCAAGGAAUAAAAAAUAUCAUCAACGGAAUGAAAAAGCACAAAGUUGAACUUAUUUCUGUUUGCUUAUCGGCCUUUCUUUUUUAUGAACCUGAAAAAGUUCCCCCGGUCUUUAAAGAUAUAACUGAGGAUCAUCGAAAAAUGCAAAAUUUAAUUAAGGACAGCGGUUUAAAAUGGAUUUCCGUAUUUCCACCGCAUAUUGCAGAGGAACGACAUUCCAUAGUCACUGUAAAACAUGACGAGUCACCAGGUCGUACAAUUUCAAAAUAUUACUUAGCCGAAUUUCUCGUCGAUUGCCUUGACAAUCCCGAGCAUUAUCAACGAGUCUGUGGUCUAACAUCGGUGUAAAAAAAUUUUCUUUUAGUAAAUUAUCAAAUUUAUAGACUUCGAAAAUAAUAAUA